UUGGAGAGGCUGGGAUCUGGCAUGCAUUGGUUGCUAAAGAUGUGAAAAUGGCGGAGUUACAAAUGCUUUUGGAAGAGGAGAUUCCAGCUGGACGUAGUGCUUUAUUAGAUAGUUUUACCAAUUUAGAAAGAGUUGCCGAGUAUUGCGAAAGCAACUAUGUUCAGUCACCAGAUAAGCACAGAGCGUUGGAGGAGACUAAGAACUACACCACCCAGUCCCUGGCCAGCGUAGCCUACCUGAUCAACACCUUGGCCAACAAUGUCCUGCAGAUGCUUGACAUUCAGGCCUCCCAGCUCCGCCGCAUGGAGUCCUCCAUCAACCACAUCUCACAGACAGUGGACAUCCACAAAGAGAAAGUGGCAAGGCGGGAGAUUGGCAUCCUGACCACCAAUAAGAACACCUCUCGCACGCACAAGAUCAUUGCUCCGGCCAAUCCAGAGAGGCCGGUGCGUUACAUCCGCAAGCCAAUCGACUACAGCCUGCUGGAUGACAUGGGCCACGGAGUCAAGGCCAGUGCUCAGAACAUGAAGGCUGGAGCCGCAGGUCUCCCUCGCACCAACCCACCCACACAGAAGCCGCCCAGCCCACCCAUGUCAGGGAAGGGAACCAUUGGGCGCCACUCCCCCUAUAGGACACUCGAGCCGGUGCGUCCUCCCGUUGUCCCUAACGACUACGUCUCGAGCCCGACGCGCCAUGGCAACAUGGCGCCCCCACAGCAGAGCCCUGCACGCACUGCGUCUGUUAAUCAGAGGAACCGCACGUACAGCAGCGGCAGCAGUGGAGGCAGCCACCCCAGCAGCAGCAGCCGCAGCAGCAGCAGAGAGAAUAGCGGCAGUGGCUCCGUGGGCUUGCCUAUCGCCGUGCCAACGCCUGCCCCGCCCCCCACAGCAUUCCCAGGUGCCCCCCAGUUCUUCAGCAUGAACCGACCGGUGCAACCACAGAACCCUCCUGCGGUGGGGGGGUCUCUGCCGUACCGCCGGCCCGCGUCAUUGACGGGCCAGCCCAACUCCAACAUGCCCCUGGCCCUGAACCAGCCCCAGCCCAAUGGAGGACCCCACUUCAACCAGGUCCCAGCAGGUCCUCUUGUUGCCCCCCCUCCCCCCUCCAUGCAGAUCACUCCCCAGCUCCCUCUGAUGGGCUUUGUGGCUCGGGUACAGGAGACCAUCUCAGACGUGCCCCCUCCCCCGCCUCCCGUAGAAGAAGCUGUGUUUGAGGAACCCACCCCGCCCCCUCCACCUCCAGAGGACUAUGAGGAUGAUGAGGAGGAGGAAGAGUCGGCCGUGGUGGAGUACAGUGAUCCCUACGCAGAGGAGGACCCCCCGUGGGCCCCACGCACCUACAUGGAGAAAGUGGUGGCGAUCUACGACUACGCGGCGGACAAGGAGGACGAGCUGUCCUUCAAUGAGGGCGCCAUCAUCUACGUCAUCAAGAAGAACGACGACGGCUGGUACGAAGGAACGAUGAGUGGCACCACCGGCCUCUUCCCCGGGAACUACGUCGAGUCCAUCAUGCACUACACCGACUGAGGAAGAGGAGAGGUAUAGAUAGGAAGGUCAAAGACUUUGUUAGGCAGAGCAUGAUCACGUUGAGGAAGUCAACGAGGAAGAGACAAGCGUUCAUGAAGAGUAUACAUCUAUCCUCAACCGGUCUACCAGAUGAAGUACAUUGUACAACGGCCACUUGUAGAUAUUCCCUGUGUUUUUGAAUGAUAUGAGACUGUAUGGUGGUGGUUUUUGUAUGUACUAUUAGGGCUUCAUUUUGUCUUUACUAUUAUUAUAAGGAAGGCCACAAGGAUUAUUGUGAUUUAAAAAAAAAAAAAAAAUCUAAUUUCCUUUUGCCGUUUUGCGCUUAUUUUAACGUUUUUUAUUUAUUUGGACCAUGUAUUAUAUAGGGAGGAAUGGUACGGCGGGCAGGGCUGCUGAUUUAAGGAUAGAAAUAGGUGUCAGAUGAUCCCGAUGAAGUUCUCUACUCUCAGCCCAAGAGAAGACACUAGAUGAGAAUGCUUUUUCCAAUAUUUUCUCUCCUGACAUUCCCAGAGCCUUUCUAGACUCAUAUUUUAUUUAAAACCAGGAGCUCCUAUUGGUUAGUGGGAUGAGGAGAUAUGGACUGUUGCUCUUGAACUUUAUACGAUGUCAAGUUUGGCGACAUAACAAAGCUGACAGUCCCUGACAAGACAAGCACAUACUUUGUCUACAUUUGACAAAACAUAGACAUUAGUGGCGGGGGAAAAAACUAUGAAACUGAUGUUUUUAGCUCUUCUGAACACCCAUUUUGAAACUCUCUUCAGUUUGGAUUCAGUAGUUAAUGAAUUGGUUCUUGCCCCAGGCUAGCUAGGGCAGCUUAGAACACUAGGGCUUAGAGCAUGCUCAGUCACUACUGCACUUGCCUCACUUCACAGGCCAGUUCUAGUAUCAGGAUAGAUAGGUAGAGCAGUGUUUCUCAACCUUUGCUCCCUGAGAUGGCUAGCUCUAAUUGAAGUGGUUUAAGGGAAGACGUUGGCUUCAAUGGCACAAAACAAGUUUGAGAAACACUGAGAAAGCCGUCUGGCCUAAAGUAGAAAGGAUAACUCAAAUUGCAAAAUUAGUGAGUCUUAAGUCACUGCCUCACCUUGUAAUCAAGACAGAGAAGAGAUUGACUUUGCCUGUCUUGGUAGAGGGACUGUCAGGUAGACAAAUACUCUGCCACUCAUUUGCAUCAACGAUUUCAAUAUUUGAUUCUUAUUGUAGGGUGGCAGACUGCAUGUUUUUGGGAAAAAAAUGAUUAAUUAGUCUCCUUUUCUGCUAUAUUAUUAUUCCUGUCUUAAUAUUUUAGAUAUGGUGUGGUUAUUGGUUUGGUUUUAAAUAUUCACCCAUAUUACCAUAGUUGACAGGUGGGGUUUCAUGACGCAUUUAUAGGAGGUGAUAAAGGAAGCUUGUGCCAUAUUGAAGUGUGUGAGUGCGCGUGUGUCUAAGGUAUCACUUCCAUUUGCAAUAAAAAUAGCCAGUGGGAUGGGUUUGAAAAUGUAGAUCUUUGAGUUUGGAAUUGAAAGCACAUACAUUUGUAGUAAGAUAGUUAAUUGUUACUGAAAUAAAAUGAUAAAAAGCUGUAUUACUGCCUCAGAUGAGGACUAAUUAAAAUGAGCAUAAAAGCCAGCCGUUGAUUGUAGAAAUUAACCAACAAACUGGCACCAAAACCUUUGAAUGGGUUUAUCAUGCUGAAACUGAUGCAUUGAGUGUUUAUAUGAGGUAGAAAUAUUAUUUCCAAUGUGCUUGUCUGUCAGUCAAAUCCUUUAUUUUUUAUUAAAAGUGGGUCUGUUCUUGCA